AAAAAGAAGAAAAAGACAGCGACGGAACAAGCACACCACACAGCCUUGCAAAGUUGGAGUUAAGGAGCUUCACAACGACUCCAUCAACAACUUAACUAACCCUAAGUUUCUGUUUCCGCGUUUUAACCAUCUCGAGCCAUGAGCCAUUCCAGCUCCUACACGUGGCUUUAAUCGCGCCUCUCUCUCUCUCUCUCUCUCUCUCUCUCUCUCUCUCUCUCUCUCUCUCUCUCUCUCUCUCUCUUUUAUCAUCUCCCGUCUCUUUGGUCUGUUCUACCGCCGUCGUCGCCGUGCUCUCUCCUCCGCCAAGAUUCACUUCUCUCUCCUUCACCGCCAGCAAUCAUUACCUCCUCCGGUUGUAAGUUUUGGUGUGAAAGUUUCUGGACACUAACUGCUUCAGCUCAAUGCUCAUUGACCUGCAAACGUUUUGGCGUGCCAGUUUAAGAGUUGAGAGAAAGCUUCAAGAGAGCAACAAAAGAUAUAUACACUUUGUAUUGCGGGAAGUGCCAUAAGCGUUCAAAGCUUGGCAGUACUGUAAUAAAGAUAUUAAUAGCUCAAGACUAACUAAAAGUCUUCCAAUCAAUGUCGGAAAGUGAUAUGGCCAUCAUUAAACCAGAUAUGAUGAAAUCCUAUAUAUGGCUUGAAACAUCUGAUGGAUCAAUCCAACAAGUGGAACAAGAGGUUGCCAUGUUCUGUCCCAUGAUAUGUCACCAAGUGCUUCAGAAGGGUGCUGGAUCUUCUAAGAACUCUGCAAUCUCUCUUCCCCAUAAAGUCAAUCCUCCCAUGUUAAGCUUGAUUUUUGAUUACUGCAGAUUCCAUCAACUACCUGGACGUUCUAAUAAGGAACGUAAAGUUUAUGAUGAGAAAUUCAUGCGGAUGGAUACAAAGCGGCUAUGCGAGUUGACCUCAGCUGCUGACAGUUUACAGUUGAAGCCUUUGGUUGAUCUUACUAGUCGUGCCCUUGCUCGGAUUAUUGAGGGCAAAUCCCCUGAGGAGAUUCGUGAAAUAUUUCAUUUGCCUGAUGAUCUUACUGAGGAGGAGAAGUUGGAGCCUCUGAAGAACACCAUGGAUGAUCCACGUAUUCGACUCUUGAAUAGAUUGUAUGCUAAGAAAAGAAAGGAGUUGAAAGAAAGAGCAAAACUUAAGAGUAUAGAGGUUGAAGAACGUGUGGACGAGCGUUCUGUGGAUGACCUUUUGUCGUUUAUUAAUGGCAGGGAUCACAAAGGGGUCAAUACUUCCAAGAGCAAAAAGAAGAACAAGAAAAGGAAGGAGCAUAAAAAUGGAACAUGCAAAGUUUUCAAUAAGGAUUCACAUAAUUUGCAUUCCAAGCAACGAAGUGUUGAGGAGACUUCUUCGUCUAGCUUGGGAAGGGUAUCCAACUUGCAUAGUAUGGAAGAUGAUAUUUUUUCAAAGAAGGCUGAGUUUGAAGAUGGUUAUAUAGAUGAUGAAAUUGAUCCAGCUUUGAAAGAAAUGCUUGAUAGGGAAGUAGAGGAGUUUGCUAGGAGACUCAACUCAAGUUGGGUUUUGUCGGUAGGACAAGAAAGGCAGCCUGUGCACUUCUCCAUAAACGGGAACGGUGAUACAAGGCGAUUGACAGCUAUAGAUGACUGAUGGGAGAUAGUUUGGUUUUGCCUCCGUUUUAAACAUUGAAGGUCCAGCUGCAAGACACAAAUGAAGAAGAUGUUAACGUUAGCCCAAUGGCUGGAACAGUUUUGGUGAUCCCCACAUUUAGAUUUGUAAGCAAUUAGAGAUAAUGGUGUUUGCGUUCCUCCUGUAAUGUUUUUUUCUUCCCACAGUAUGUUUUCUUUUGUUUCUUCUUCCUUAAUCCUAGAGCCUAGGAUGCAGUUUUGCUCUUCUUUUUUUCUUAAUGAUCAAUCUUUGUAUACCACUUCAGAAUGGCUGAGAAAAAUCAGCUAGUUGGUUAUCUUUCUGUAUUUUCUUAAACCAAAGAAUAAUAAUAUUAAGUUUCUUUAGUCA